AUGUCUCUCGAAAUUCCCCAAGGCGACGGAAAGCCCUCUUUCCACCGAGGCAGCUUCGUCGAUGAAAUUGAGCACGCCCAGAAGGAUCUGGUCGACAGCCUCCACGAUUCCGAGUCACACAACGAGUCGCCCUCCGUCUCUUCAUCAGACGGCUCAGUGCCCACAUUAAGCCCGACACAGAGUGCUACGCCCUCAACACCACCAUCCGAACCUAUUUCCCCUCCCGGUGAUCUAGUAGCAGACAGCUUCGCUUUUGCUUUCGAUAUCGAUGGUGUGCUCAUUCGAGGUGGUCGGGCUAUCCCCGAAGCCGUCGAGGCUAUGAAAGUUCUCAAUGGCCAGAAUGAAUAUGGCAUCAAGAUCCCUUACAUCUUUUUGACCAACGGUGGAGGCAAGUCUGAGGCUGAGCGCUGCAAGGACUUGUCGAAGCAGAUGGAGAUCGACAUUUCUCCAGCACAGUUCAUCUGCGGACACACUCCCAUGUCGGAAAUGGCCACCAAGUACGGCACCGUUUUGGUUGUCGGUGGUGAGGGUGAAAAGUGUCGCCAGGUUGCCGAGUCUUAUGGCUUCAAGGAUGUCGUGACCCCUGGCGAUAUCAUCAAGCACAACAGCGCAACCACGCCCUUCCGCAAGCUCACUCCCGAGGAGCUCGCCAACUCUAGAGAACGUGACUUUAGCAAUGUAACCAUUGACGCGGUUUUCGUUUUCGCUGACUCCCGCGACUGGGCUGGUGAUCUCCAGAUCAUCCUUGACGUUGCCAUGUCCAAGGGUGGUCGUCUCGGUACCACAUCCGAGACCUUUGACGAGGGCCCCCCGAUCUACUUCUCCCACAGCGAUGUUCUCUGGUCUGCUGCCCACAAUGACCCUCGUCUGGGUAUGGGCGCCCUCCGCGGCAUUGUCGAGUACACUUUCAAGGAGGUCACCAAGGGCAAGACAUUGACUACCCACGCCUUUGGCAAGCCCCAGAUUGGCACCUUUGAGUUUGCUACCCGCCUGCUGAGGAGAUGGCGCAAGAACGAGCACAACCUGGACUCGCCCCCUGAGACCGUGUACUUUGUUGGUGACACCCCCGAGAGUGACAUCCGGGGUACGAAUCAGUACAACGCCAAGGCCGAGAACGACUGGUACAGCAUUCUAGUCAAGACCGGUAUCUACCAGGAGGGUACCGAGCCUGCCUACAAGCCCCGAAACACUGUCAACUCUGUGUUGGACGCUGUCAACUUUGGUCUCAAGCGCGAGAUGGAGAAGAAGGCUGCCAAGAACACCUUGCCUCUCGAGGCUUUCAACAGGGCCUCCAAGCCCAGACUGACCGAUCUGCCCAACUGGCUCCUCGACAACAGCGAUUGCGCCGUGCUGAGCCCUGCCGAAGAGCGCGCCUUGACACUCACGGCAUAA